GUUUGAAGCGGCUGUCUCAACUUGAAGGAAGUGCAGGAUACUGACUAAAGAUGUCUGGCCGUGGGAAGAAAGCUGCACCCAAACCAAAGUCUUCACUGUCCCGGUCUUCCAGAGCAGGGAUCACCUUCCCCGUGGGCCGCAUCCACAGACUGCUGAGGAAAGGCAAUUAUGCUGAGCGAGUUGGCAAUGGCGCUGCGGUGUACUUCGCAGCCGUCCUGGAGUACCUCUGUGCAGAAAUCCUGGAGUUGGCUGGAAAUGCCUGUCGUGACAACAAGAAGCAGCGCAUUGCUCCUCGCCAUAUUUUGUUGGCAGUGAAAAAUGAUGAUGAGCUCAACAAACUGCUGGCAGGGGUCACGAUCUCAGAGGGUGGUGUCAUCCCAAAUAUCCAGGCAACCCUUCUUCCCAAGAAGACCAAGGCGCCCAGGGAUGACAGUACAGCUAAAGAUGUUCAGUCUCAGGAGUUUUAACUGUGGAUGUACAAGUUGUUUUGUUUUGGGUUUUUUU